AAAACAGCUUUGAAUCAUCAUAUUUUUAUUAUUUCAAGUUUGGUAUCUGUGUGAAAUUCCUUCCUUCAAAGUGACAUUUCAAAAUAAAACAAACAAAAACCACAAAUGGAGGCUGCGGUAGUUGAUUUUUUAUUGGAAAGCGAUGAUAGCAGCACAUCAAGCAUUUCGAAUUUGUCCAGAUUCGAUACAAGCUCAGACUCAUCAUCUGAAAAUAUUCCAUCGAAUCACCAAAAAAUAGAAAAUUUUGUGGAUAUAAUUCGUAAUUAUUGCGAUGCGAAUUUUAAAAUCCACUUUCGACUUGAAAGAACAACAGUGAACGUUUUGAUAGAUCGGUAUAGCUUAUUACUACGCUGCGAUUCCACGCCAAAAAGAGGGCUGCCGAGAAUUUCAGCCGAAAAAGAAAUAUAUAUAUUUCUAUGGUAUAUUGCAAAUACCAACACUUUCCGCGAAAUAUCUAAUUUAUUUGGCAUAUCACGUUCAACCGCGUGGAAUGUAGUUAAAAAAGUUACAGCAUGA